AUGGGAGGCGUAUCACUGCUUGCCUUCUUAAUUCGUGCUUGGGCGUUAUGGAGAAGUGACUCCGACUGUCGUCCAUUAGGCCAGCAAAAUCGCUGGGCUUUUGACUAUUUUUUCUGGAACUUCGUGUUUACAUUCUGUGUACUCACUGCGCUAAUUACGAGCGGUAUCACUACUGAGAAUCUCCAAAUUGUCUCUUUGCCACUCUCAAUCUUGGUUCUCUGGGUCUCAGGGCAGAUGGUUAUCGCAGAAGUACUACUGGCUAUUGAUGUCAAAGUCCCUUUUCGAAUGUCGUCCUUGCAGAAAGGAGAUAAAAUACGCCCAGGUGUUUAUGUUAUCGUGGAGGAUGUAGUAGCGGUUGAUGGUAAACAAGGCAGAGCUUGGCGACAGGCAUGGAAUGAUCGCUAUUUAUCUAGCCCCCUAUUUCGACAUUUUUUGUCACAGAUAGAGCGCAUGUGGGCUGCUAGUGGCCUAUCGGUUGUUGCUAUCGUCUGGGGCGUAGUCUUCGGCUUGGAAAAUCAUGAUAUUGGUUUUGCUUUGGGCUGGGCUCUUCCAUUUGCUUGGGGAGCAGUCAUGGCGCUUAUAACAACAGCCCUGGCGAAGCGAAUGCUCAAGCAUGAGAAAGCUGCAGCACUUGACUACCUCUCGACAAGGAGCCCGUGA